UCAUCCUGGCCGGCACUAUUCCAGCCAAGGGGGAAGAGGACUUCCUGACGCUGGCCGCUUCACGGCUCAGCCGCAGGAAACGUGUCAUUGGAGCUGCUGUAGGUGUAGCAAUGGUUCUAAUACUCUUGGUUGCCAUUCCCUUGCUGGUCCACACAACCAAAGGAGGGAAUGCUGGAAAUGCAGGGAGCCAUUAUGAAAUGCUUGGAAGCUGCAGGAUGGUAUGUGAUCCUUACACCACGUCUCAGCCAGGCCAAGAGCUGACAGCUGCGUCUCCACCCCCCCAGGAUUACUCUGGAAAGAAGAUAAAGUCUGGGCUUCGAGGGCCUCCAGGGAUCCCUGGGCCUCCAGGAGAACGUGGACCUCCUGGAGAGCCAGGCAAACCAGGGCCACAGGGUCCCCAAGGUCCAGGCCCUGGUGGCUAUUCUCCCUCACUCUACACUCCCAAAAUUGCCUUUUACGCAGGGCUACGAAAGCAACACGAAGGCAAUGAAAUACUGAAGUUUGAUGAUGUGGUGACCAAUGUAGGUAACUACUAUGAGCCGAGCACCGGCAAAUUCACCUGCCCACUGCCUGGCAUCUAUUUCUUCACCUACCAUGUUCUAAUGAGAGGUGGUGACGGGACGAGCAUGUGGGCAGACCUGAAGAAGAACGGACUGGUAAGAGCAAGCGCCAUUGCUCAGGAUGCUGAUCAGAAUUACGACUAUGCCUCCAACAGUGUGAUCCUGCAUUUGGACGUAGGUGAUGAGGUGUGUGUGCAGCUGGACGGAGGGAAGGUCCACGGAGGAAACACAAAUAAGUACAGCACCUUCUCCGGCUUCCUCAUCUACCCAGACUGAAUUUAAUCCCCGCAGAGUGCGAACAAUAAAAUAAAAUAAAACAAAACACCACUACCAACAUACAUAUAGAUAGACUGACACUUACACAGACAUAUACA